AUGGAUCGCAUGGCCUCGACACCCGGCGCCGAAGCCAAAGACGAGCUGUUCAAGGCAGCAGGCCACAUCUCCUUCCAGCGCCCAACCGCAAUAGCCUACGCCGACGAAUUCCUCCUCAGGGCGCCGCAGCCCACGGCGGGCAUCACGUACCAGGCCAUGCUGGCGUGUAUGAGCGAGGGCGACCAGGUAGACGUCUGGUUCGGCCUCCGCGAUGCCGACCCGUCCCUGGGCCACGACACGCUGCCCUCGGGAGAGCCAGUCGGGCACACAUGGGCCAUUCUCCAAUCCGCAGACGGCAAACAAGAGACGACGCUCUGGGAAGUCGGACGGGCCACGCCCUCGGUGGGAGACGCCCACGCCGCCCGCGCAUUCAACGCCUACCGAGAAGCACUCGCCCGGUCCCAGGGCCUCGCCUCGCCUCCCGCCGUGCCCGUCGACGCCGACAAGGCUCGCGUGCCGCCGCCGCAGAAUGGCAAGCCCGUCAUGUCGCACGCCUUGUCCCCCGCCAACUUGUACUACGCCUCGGGCCGGAUGUGGUACUUUGUCGACGUGGGACCGCCGGCCGACGACGUCACGGCGCCGGCGCACUUGUCGCGGCCGAUGAGGGCGUUUGACGCCUUGGUUCUGUCGAGCCUCAUGACGCUCGUCAACGGGACGCCGCCGCUGGUGUUUGCGCUUGCGAAUACCACGGCAACGUUGGGGCAGAUGCCCGCCAAGUACAAGAGGGUGGCUUACGAGGCGGAUGAGACAUUGGAACGGCCCCCGGAUACGCCCUUGGUGGUUCUGUGA